AUGUCGUCGUCCAAUCGUGUCAAGGUCACUCGCCAGUACGCCGAAGCCAACUGCACUACUCGCAACUUCCAUCACCCCGGCCAUGGUAUCUACUAUGAAGGACUCCCUCCCCCAGGAGCACCCUACUCAACAGGCUUGAUCGGCCCUGAUGCCGCAGCAUGGAAGGCCGAGAGCACCAAGGAGAAGCAGCAGGCCCGAUUCGAUGCUGCUGAAGCGCUGGUCCAACUGCAGCAAGCUCCUGUUGUGUACGCUCCGUCUGCGACAUCCUCAGAGCAGCCUCGACGCUCUCUUAUGCUGCGCAUUCGUACCGCUCGCUCUCUCAUGGGCCGUCUUCGAGUCCCAAAGACUCGCUUGGACGGGCAGACAGCCGAGCAGGAGCAGGUCGAUGCAUCAGACGACGCGGAUGGUACAGCUCCAGCUCCCCAAGAUCCUACUUCAAAUUCGCCCGCGCCAGCUCCCCCUUCAAGGACUCAGCGCUUCCCCAACAAGGUCAGCGAUCUCGCCAAGCGCGCCACUGGCCGCAAGCCUGACUCGACAUCUUCAACUUCAUCUCCCGAGCCAGGACGUGACACCAAGCGUCCUGCAUUUACCAGUCCCACCGGAGCACUUCCACCAUUGCGCUACAGCGACAAUGGCAGCCCGUACUUGGCGAACAAGUCUCGAGACAAGGUCAAGGAAGACCGCGAGACUCUUCCGGUCGACAGGUCGGGUGGUCCGAUGGUGUGGGAGGUCGAUGGUUACCCACCAGGCAUGACUCCGGCUGGUGCUUCAGGUCAGGGUGGGGGAGGCUCAAGUCGUGGAGUUGUGGGCCAGAGACGCGGUGAGGGAGAGAGUGAUGAGGGAAUGGAGGAUGGCGAGUCGAUGAGAGACAGUAAUGAUUCUUGA